AAUCAGCUGCUGGGUCAAGCUUUUUGGAUUUCUAGAUGAAGUUUCAUCUAUGUUUUCUCUUGUAUAUUGAGGUAGAGACUUUUUAAUGUUUUAUGAAUUUUAUGUAUUGGCCUUGGGCUCUGUGAAGUUUAUCUUUUGAACCAAAAAAAAGAAAAACCUUCUUGGAAAUAUAAAAUCCUAGUCAUAAUUCUGAGUCCAUUUGCAGUGGCUGUAGAUGAAAACAGCAGAGAAACCGUGUCUUCUUUCUUGUUCAGGUCAUUAUGUUAAUGGAGAAGAGGAUGCUUAUACAACUCUUUUAACCAAGUAAAAACAAUAAAUAAAUGAAGAAAACUAGUUCACAACAGAACGCGAAAAAGCUGAAUGCUUGCCUCUUUUCCUUCUUUUCACCAUCGUCAGCUUCUCUCCUCUGAAUUUCACUAUUUGUAACUGAUAUUUGUUAGAGGCAGGGAGGAAAUUGAGGACGCAAGUUUUCUUUCAUCACUGAUACGAAUGGAUCAGGGGCACUCAACUAGUAAUGUGGAGAACAAGCAAGAUGAGUAUAUUCUGAUUAAUGAUGCGGAGGAACCACAUUUGGGAAUGUUUGACAAACCCCUUCCUUGUUUUGGCUGUGGAAUUGGAUGGUUUUCUCUCUUGCUUGGAUUUGUGUGCCCUUUAGUAUGGUACUUUGCAGCAAUUCUCUAUUUUGGUAGGUACUACCAUAGGGAUCCGAGGGAACGAUCAGGGCUAGCUGCCUGUGCAAUAUCUGCUACGGUGUGCACAAUAGCUGCGGUGAUUGCUCUGCUUGUUAUUUUGUUAUAGUUCUUACCACCACAGUUUCAUGUUGGAAACAGCUACUUGUGUCAUAGAAAAGAUGAAAAUGAUGUUCUGUAGUUAAGAUUUUCAUCCUUGAGUUCCAGUGGAAGGAAAAAAGCAUCAGUGAUCAAGGUUCUAAAUCUGUAACAUUUACUGAAUCCCUCUUCAGUCUUGUACAUAAAACAAACAAUGGAGAAUUUUGAAGGGGAAAGAAGCGACUGUUAAAUAUCAGUUUAAUGGAAAGAUAUAAAUUAGUGGAUAGCUAACGAAAUUGAUAAUUGAUUUUUAUUUGACAUGAAGACGCGAAUAUAGUUUCUUUUUGGUUC